AUGUCUCAACUUACCCAUGACGUUACCCGUUCUAAUGAACUCUAUAAACGAGCUGGCGAAAUUAUCCCCGGCUGGACGCAACUGAUCAGCCGACGUGCCAGCCAGUUUGCUAAUGGUAUCAGUCCCACUUAUGCCCAACGCGCCAAAGGCUCCCGUUUCAUUGAUGUCGAUGGGAAUGAAUACAUCGAUUGGGUCAACGCGGUCGGUGCGAUUAUCCUCGGUCAUGCGGAUCCGGUCGUGGAUACGGCGGUCAAAGACCAGAUCGAUCGCGGCAGCCUUUACACGCUGAAUGGACCGGUCGAAAUCGAAUUGGCGGAAGAACUGAUAGAAACCAUUCCGAGCGCGGAGAUGGUUCGAUAUACCAAAGGCGGCGGCGAAGCCUGUGCCGUUGCAGCGCGUAUCGCACGAGGGACAACCGGUAAAGAUAAAAUUGUGUUUUGCGGCUAUCACGGUUGGCACGACUGGUAUCAAGCGGCGAAUUAUGGUGUCGAUCCUGAAAGUGGUGAAUACCCGUUUGCAGGGAUUGAACCGAUUGGUGUGCCCAAGCACUCGCUGGGACCGCCCUCCCCUUUAUUUAUGGUGACCUUGCCAUGCUAG